UAAAGGAAAGAGAAAAAUGGCACUGAAAACAAUAAAAACAAGGUAAAAAGUUACUUGGGCAUGGCUACGAUAAUUUUUAUACUCAUAAGUUUAUGGUACUUGGAGAAAGCAAUUUCUUUCAGUACAAACAGAAGGUACCACUGAUAGUAUCUGGUAGUGGCAUGUCUGGGAAGAACCAUGUGGAGAUGAAAACGGUUCGGACUGGUGUCACUGGUCUUCUAUACAGAACGUUGAAAAGAAGAGAGAGAGGACUGGUGACUUACUCGUUGUGGACAUUGAUAAAUAUUUGACGUCCCAAAUAUGUUCCAAAUGUGAAAGCAGGACUUUGGGUGGUAUUAGUGGUGCGUGCGGUAAUAGUGUUCUCGUUUGCAAGACGUGCAGAACAUUAUGGCAGCGUGA